AAUUACAAAUAGGGACAAGAAUUUGAUGACAGAGUAUGUUUGCUUUGUAAUGAUCCACCUACAGUCUAGCUGCCCUGAUUGUCAUGUUGAAAGGGAGUACAUAAUCUCCCAAUUACGAAAUAAAGCUUUCAUUUUAACAAAUCAGGGCUUUCAACGACUUGUUGAGGUGCCAAUUCAUUUUAGUAAAGAAUAUGGAAAUCCAGUCAAUGUGAAUAUGUUGACUAAUGUUGUAGAUAUGAAAUGGCAUGAAGUUGACAGUUUUGAGGCAUACAGUUACUGAAUCACUCCCAUGUGGACUGGAAAAAUGGAGGGAAUUUUUCCAGGAAUUAGGUGUUGUGGAUUUUGUGCAAAUUAAUCAAGUUGAUAAGACUGUUUCUGAUAUAUCUCAUAUCAUUUUUAAGAAUCUCAUGUGGGAAAGAGAUCUGAAUUCCCCUGAAUCAAUUGCCAAAGACUGGGAAUCUCAUGAAUUGGUUCACUUAAUAUCUGUAUUGUCCAAAAAUUGCAUGCAGCAAAGUUGUAUAUAUCUGUUAGAGAUUUUUGAUACACUAUGGGAUAGUUGUUUUAGUGACAAAGUGAUGGGUUACUGCAAUAUUAAUCCUGGCGGAGAUAGCAAACCCUUCAAGUCUUCUUUUAUGAGCAGCAUUAGUGAUGUCCAGUGGGUAGUAUCUGGCAUGGAUGAUGAGCUUCACUAUCCCAAAGAUUUAUUUUACGAUUGUGAAGCAGUACACUCAAUUCUUGGUGCUUCUGCUCCAUAUGCUGUUCCGAAGGUACGAAAUGGGAAGCUAGUAAGUGAUAUUGGGUGUAAGGUUAAAGUUACAAUGGAUGACAUUUUGGAAAUUCUGAAAGUGUGGAGAAGUUCUCAGAGACCUUUUAAGGCCAGCAUAUCACAAACGUCAAACUUGUACACAUUCAUCUGGAAAGAAAUGGCUACUUCAAGGCACAAAAUCACUGAGGAAUUACAUUCUGGAUCUUGUGUAUUUGUUCCCUAUGCGUCUGGCUAUAGUCGUGAGGAUGUGGUGCCUGGUAUGUUUUUGUCUCCUGAAGAAAUAUGUUGGCAUGAUCCAACUGGUUGUCUAGACCAAAUUAAGGAGAUAAAUCCUCAGUGCAGUUUGACAGAAAUGACUCAUUGCCCCUUAAAAAAGACACUGAGCAAUAUAUAUCCAGGCCUUUGUGACUUUUUCAUUGACGGCUGCGGAGUACAUGAGACCCCUCCUCUCCGCAGCUACCUACAAAUUUUGCUCCAGCUUUCGACUGUUACUUUGCCUUCACAAGCAGCUAAUGCAGACAACGUUUUGUACACAACCCAAGAAUCCGAUUCUCAUGCCCUAUUUAUGGAGCUGUCUCGUUUGUUAUUUGAUGGAACUCGUGAUUUACACUUGGCAAAUUUCCUUCACAUGAUCACAACCAUGGCUGAAUCAGGUUCUACUGAGGAGCAAACAGAGUUUUUCAUCUUGAAUAGCCAAAAGAUGCCUAAGCUUUCUAAUGAAGAAUCUGUUUGGUCCCUCCCAUCCAUACCUUCACGGACAAAGAACGAUGACUCACCCCAAACAAGUUUUGAUUCGACAAAGUCCAAAAUGAAGGCUGGAAAUAACUCAAAUUGGCCGCCUGUGGAUUGGAAAACUGCACCUGGUUUUAGUUAUGCUCGUUUAAAUGGUUUUAAGACUCAGGCAACAGCUGCACAGCCUAGCGGCAGCCCACAAAAGGAUGAUUCUGAAGGCACAGUCAUGGAAACUGAUAAUGUUCCUAUCUCAAUUGAAGAUGAUUGAACCAUUGCAGAUGAUUUUGCAGCAGCUUCAAAAGCUUUGGUUUUGUCAGCCAAUUUGGAAAAUCAGUCUGGCAAUGCUUGCAAUUCAACUUAUUCUGAUCAGUCUGGCCAUGCUCCCAAUCGUACUGUUUCCACCAUGCAUGUUGAAUUUGAUCCUGUUGAUUUAGAUCGAGUGUCUGAUGGCCCUGAGUUGGGUGCAUCUAAUUUUAGCAGUAGAGAUCAUCUUAGAUUUGGUACCCCCAAUGCAGCACAAGCCAUGCAAACGGGGAGAAUAGGUGAGAGUGUUGCUUUCAAAUACAUUAUUGGGAAAUUUGGUGGGACAGCAGUGAAGUGGGUUAAUGAAGAUUUUGAAACUGGGUUACCUUACGACAUUAUAGUAGGGGAGGAGAGUAGUAGGGAGUACAUUGAAGUUAAAGCAACUAAAUCUCGAACCAAAGACUGGUUCAUUAUAUCAACAAGAGAGUGGCAAUUUGCAUUUGAAAAGGGUGAAUCAUACAGCAUUGCACAUGUUUUGUUAGGUAAAAAUAAUGUUGCAAGGGUGUCAGUAUUCAAGAAUCCAGUAAAGUUAUGUUCUCUAGGCAAGUUGCAGUUGGUUGUCAUGAUGCCCAGGCAGCAGAAGGAAUUUUCCGUUGUCUCCUAACAUGAACACGCUCAUUUUCAUCUGCGCUUUUGGGUUAUAUUGACUCUGAAGUCUUUAGCCAAUCCAUAACUGCCUUUAUGGAAAUACACUGAAAUGACAGAGGAUUGUGUACGGUCACUCUUUCCCUCAGAAAGAGUCCAGCUCCUGCAAAGGAAAGCAAGCAUUUGUUGUGGCUUUUACCUGCAAGAGAACUAUAAUGGGGCUGACUUGGUAUGGGAUUUGAAGAAUCUCUGUAGUGGUAUUUCUUCUAAUAGAGUGACCAAAAUGCCAAAGGUUUGAUUUGCACCGCAGGGAUCUAAUGUCAAUAUGUCAUCUUCAUAAAUUGUUGUAUGUAAAUCAUAGAUUGCUACCAUAUUGUAAUUUUAUUUAUUUGUAAUAUUUUAUUAGCGGGUGAUGGCUUAAGCAGUUGCCCAUGAAAUUUUGUACUA